AUGCCGCCCCUCACCAGUCACUGUGCCCUGCAGGCAGAGAGCAGUCGCCGUGCAGGACUGACCAUGCCGGGCACAGGGCUGACCCUGGGACUGGCACUGGUGCUGACCAUCUGCAGCGAGCCUGCCGCGGCCCUGCAAUGCUACACAUGUCACGAGCCCAUGGACGUGUCCAGGUGCACCACCAUCACCACGUGCAGACGCAACGAGACCAUGUGCAAGACCACCCUGUACUCGCAGGAGAUCGUGUACCCCUUCCUGGGCGACUCCACGGUCACCAAGUCGUGUGCCAGCAAGUGCCAACCGUCAGACGUGGAUGGCAUCGGGCAGACGCGGCCGGUGUCCUGCUGCAAUGCAGAUCUGUGCAACGUGGACGCGGCGUCCCCUCCGCAUGCCCCUCGCCUGGGCCUCACCCUCCUGCUGGGGCCCCUGCUCAGCCUGGGCCUCUAG